CGUCCAAAGGCGUGCGUCGUAACGAGUUCAAUUAAUUAAAUCCACGAAGUCAUCCAACCUCGUCCACCCACCGGCUGCGCAUCUCCACUCAUCCAAGAUGCGUACCUACGACGAUACCUUCAGCGGCGAGAAGAUUUACCCUGGCAAGGGUAAACUCUUCGUCCGCGGCGACGGCAAAGUCUUCCGCUUCCAGAACGGCAAGACCGAAUCCCUCUUCCUCCAACGCAAGAACCCUCGCCGAAUCUCAUGGACGACCCUCUACAGAAGACAACACAAGAAGGGUAUCUCUGAAGAAGUUGCCAAGAAGCGUACUCGUCGCGCCGUCAAGUCCCAACGUGCCGUUGUCGGCGCCUCUCUAGACGUCAUCAAAGAACGACGAAGCAUGCGCCCCGAGGCCCGCCUCGCUGCCCGCCAACAGGCCAUCAAGGAAGGAAAGGAGAAGAAGUCCGCUGCGGAGAGCAAGAAGAGAGCUGAGAAGGCUAAGGCCGCUACCAGCGCUGCCAGAGGCCAGGCCAGCAGAAUCCAAAGCAAGCAAGGUGCUAAGGGUUCUGCUCCCAAGGUUGCUGCUAAGUCUCGUUAAGAUUUUGGGAUUUAGUGGUGGCGCCUGGGGUGGUUUUCGUGAGGCGGAAGGGAAAUGGUGCAAUUUAUGAAUAUCAGUGUGCGGGAGCCUCCUAUGAUUUUAGCAACUGGGGAUGUAUAUUCCUUUGUAUUGGAACCCUGUGAGACACAGAUUAGUCUUCUACUAUGGGAGGUUUUGCGCGCAAUGAUUUUCCGUUUGCAAAAAUGGAUUCUUGCUGGAUUUCUUUCUUGUUUUCUUUUACGCUUUUAAUGUCCUGUGGUUUCUAGCUAAAAAGAAAGAGCUCGGUUUCGCAGUUUGUUUACCCAGCCCAUUCUCACUCCAUUUGACAUUGCAUGGUUAUGGCAAGACGAUCCCAAACUGGCUUCUUGCGGUUCUUGGAGUCGUAACGCCAGCGAUGCUUUAUGAGGAACACCUUAUAGGCGCAGCAAGUGUGCUGAUAGCUUAGGAGGUGGCACCACAAUCCCUAGGCUAUCCGCAGUACAUGUCCCGCUCAUUAGAAUCUAAAUCACCAUAACUUAAUACUUCAUAUAGUCUAUUAAUCCCUCAAGUGAGCGAAACCGCAAUUCGGUGUCAG